AUGGCCCGGUCUUACCAUAAUAAACCAAGUCUGGCAACAACAUACCGAACUGCGACGGGUCGUCGUACUGUUCCGUUGACAGACCCUCAAGGUCUCCGUCUCCGAUUCCCGAUAGACAUUGGAGGCACCAGCGUCUUUUCCAGAGACGCUGACUCUGUGAUAUUCAUACCUCAUUGCAGAUUUUGGACUGAUGGCCCAGAGGACGAUGACCCAGAUGCUGACUGGCGUGAGGAGCCUGGAGGUUUCGUCUGCUUCAAGACCUCUUAUGCUUACAACAUGAUUGGCCAGGAGCAUCCCAGGAUCGUGCCUGUCAUAGGCCAAGACGCCUGGACAGGUCUCCCUAUCCUCCAGAAACCAACAUACGGCUCUCUUUGGAACUUUCUCGGAAACUAUGAGUCUCAAAUCUAUGCUACUCAAGAAGAUUCUGCACCUCCCACCACUCGUAUGAAGCCGGAAUACCGCCCCCUGGCCUACCAAUGGAGCUUGCAAUUGCUCUCAGCUCUCUCUUUGAUCCAUUCGCAUGGUAUAGCUUACGGAGAGAUCAAUGGGGAGAACUGCUGGAUUACAGCAGGGUCUCUAUCAAUCUCUCUGGCUGGUUUCGUGGGCUCUGAAUUCCAUGACCCAAGCACUCGCUACAACCUUCCUGGCUGGUUCUUUACCGACACGGACUAUGCGCCAGACAAACUCCCUCUGGAUAGGGCCGUGAAAGUGCCAACAUUGAAAACGGACAUGUUCUAUUUUGGUAGUCUAGUAUACGAGUUUAUGACUGGUCGUAUGCCAGGUCUUGAGGAUUCACGCGAGACACGACGCCUGAUUGUCGAAGAGGACUGGAUGGCUGAUUUGGAGGAUAGGUUUAUGGGAAAGAUUGUUCGCAAGUGCUGGAGGUUUGAGUAUGAGGACGUUGAGGAAUUGCAAGGAGAAGUACAAGCUUUUAUUGAAGCCUGUGGGUGGUCUAUCAGAGGUGAUGAGCUUGAAGGUUUCGACGCCCACAGUAUUCAUCGUGAACUAGAGGCCAACUUUGUGCCGGAAGAUGAUGAAUAG